GCGGCGGCGGCGGGCGCUGAAUGAGAGACGCCAACUGCUCGGGUCGCCAGGCGCUAGCUUAGGCGGCGGCGGCGGCAGCGGCGGACCCUGAGGCCGGCGUCGUGUUCCCAUCCUCCGAGGCGACGGCCGCGACUGCACAGGAAUAAUAAUGUAUUUGUGGCCUUGGACAUGAAGCAAUCAGUCUUCUGUUACUGUUAACGUAGUGUCAAGGACUGAUGUUGUGGGAAGCAUGGACCUAAUGAACGGGCAGGCAAGCAAUGUUAAUAUUGCUGCUACUGCUUCUGAGAAAAGUAGCAGUUCCGAAUCAUUAAGUGACAAAGGUUCUGAACUGAAGAAAAGCUUUGAUGCUGUGGUAUUUGAUGUUCUUAAGGUUACACCAGAAGAAUAUGCGGGUCAGAUAACGCUAAUGGACGUUCCAGUAUUUAAAGCCAUUCAACCAGAUGAGCUUUCAAGUUGUGGAUGGAAUAAAAAAGAAAAAUACAGUUCUGCACCAAAUGCUGUUGCCUUCACAAGAAGAUUUAAUCAUGUAAGCUUUUGGGUUGUUAGAGAAAUUCUUCAUGCUCAGACAUUAAAAAUUAGAGCAGAAGUUUUGAGCCACUAUAUUAAAACUGCUAAGAAACUGUAUGAGCUGAAUAACCUUCAUGCACUUAUGGCGGUGGUUUCUGGCUUACAGAGUGCCCCAAUCUUCAGGUUGACUAAAACAUGGGCGUUACUAAGUCGAAAAGACAAAACUACCUUUGAAAAAUUAGAAUAUGUAAUGAGUAAAGAAGAUAAUUACAAAAGACUAAGAGACUAUAUAAGUAGCUUAAAGAUGACGCCUUGCAUUCCCUAUUUAGGUAUCUAUUUGUCAGAUUUAACAUACAUUGAUUCAGCAUACCCAUCAACUGGCAGCAUUUUAGAAAAUGAGCAAAGAUCAAAUUUGAUGAAUAACAUCCUUCGAAUAAUUUCUGAUUUACAGCAGUCCUGUGAAUAUGAUAUCCCCAUGUUGCCUCAUGUCCAAAAAUAUCUGAACUCCGUUCAGUAUAUAGAAGAACUACAGAAGUUUGUGGAAGAUGAUAAUUACAAGCUUUCAUUAAAGAUAGAACCAGGGACCAGCACACCACGUUCUGCUGCUUCCAGAGAAGAUUUAGUAGGUCCCGAAGUAGGAGCAUCUCCACAAAGUGGAAGAAAAAGCGUGGCAGCUGAAGGAGCCUUGCUACCGCAGACGCCACCAUCCCCUCGGAACCUGAUUCCCCACGGACAUAGGAAGUGCCAUAGCUUGGGUUAUAAUUUCAUUCAUAAAAUGAACACAGCAGAGUUUAAGAGUGCAACGUUCCCAAAUGCAGGGCCAAGACAUCUAUUAGAUGAUAGCGUCAUGGAGCCCCAUGCACCGUCUCGAGGCCACGCUGAAAGUUCUACUCUUUCUAGUGGAAUAUCAAUAGGUAGUAGUGAUGGUUCUGAACUAAGUGAAGAGACCUCAUGGCCUGCUUUUGAGAGGAACAGAUUAUACCAUUCUCUCGGCCCGGUGACACGAGUGGCACGAAAUGGCUAUCGAAGCCACAUGAAGGCCAGCAGUUCCGCAGAAUCAGAAGAUUUGGCAGUGCAUUUAUAUCCAGGAGCUGUUACUAUUCAAGGUGUUCUCAGAAGAAAAACUUUGUUAAAAGAAGGCAAAAAGCCCACAGUAGCAUCAUGGACAAAGUAUUGGGCAGCUUUGUGUGGGACACAGCUUUUUUACUAUGCUGCCAAAUCUCUAAAAGCUACAGAAAGAAAACAUUUCAAAUCAACAUCAAAUAAGAACGUAUCCGUGGUAGGAUGGAUGGUGAUGAUGGCUGAUGACCCAGAACACCCAGAUCUCUUCUUGCUGACUGACUCUGAGAAAGGAAAUUCAUACAAGUUUCAAGCUGGCAACAGAAUGAACGCGAUGCUGUGGUUUAAGCACUUGAGUGCAGCCUGCCAGAGCAACAGACAGCAGGUUCCUACAAACUUGAUGACUUUUGAGUAAAAGCCUAAGAAAGAAGCGAGGUGAACUAUUGCCCCUAAGUAAAAGCAAGGAGCUGAUGAAAGCGCCAGCUAUAACCAGUUCUGUGCCAGGAGGAGCCCAGAGGCUCCGUCUCAGCCUUUGGAGUUCUGAACCAAAAAAGCACUAAUUUCAGGGAAUGAAGUGAGAUAUUCCCAGAGAACAAAUUGGAGUUACACAACAAACUGCCAUGGACCGCGCUUCUUUUCUCCGAACUGACCUGCAGAAACCACUGCCUUAAAAGAAUGAAAGGGAAACCAACAUGAAACACCAAAUAGUGCGUGUGACUCUUCCGGCGGUGCUGUGCUUGGGAUAGAUCAUAGCUGAUUUGCAUUUCUUUUAACUUUGUACUAAUUUUGGAGGGGGGAAUCGCCUUUUUUAGAAACACUUUAAAAAGGAAAAACAUAUUUCUUAUGGGUCAUGUGAGGGGCUGGUUUUGAACUGAGGUGUGAAGAUACCCUGCCCAAGUAGGAUGCUGCCAGCAGCCGACCUGAAAGGCUGCUUUGGCUUCCAGUAAUCUGCAGCCUCACUGGCUUUCCCACAGCAAGAGUUUAGGAAUUAGACGUGUUCACAAUGUGAGUGGUUGGGGUGUGUUCGGGGUUGGGGGUGGGGUUUGCUUUGAAUGAGGGGAGUUUUUUUUAGACACUAAAGUUCUGAAAUAUAGUACUGUAUGGGGAACCUCAUUUCCUGCAGGAGGGAUAAAGGCUGAGUGUUCCUGUUUCAGACGCUCUUUCAAGUGGGCUCCAGAAAACAUGGUUGUUUUUAACUGGGUUUGAAGUUUAGCCUUUUAUUUGAAUUCAUUGUUGGACCACAGAUCUGCUUAGGAAAGAACCGUAAUCCCAACCUAAACUUUUCUGAGAUUUUACAGUAACUACAUUUUUUUCAAGUUAAUUGAAUUAACCCUUCUGCCAGUCACUGGUGAUUUUUGUUAUCAAGGUGAUGUAUUGAUAUUUCAUCAGAAUAUUUUCUUUUACAGGGUGUAAUGUAUACAAUGCCAGUUUUUUUUUAUUAGUCAUUUUCAUUAUUUUUGUUAAAUAGGAGAUUCAGGGUCACAUUUGUUUAUAAGAGCUUCCACAUGUGUAUGUGUGUAUGUAUUUUAUUAUAAGGCAUACGAAAUAAUUUUAAAAGGGAAAAAGGGGAAAGAUUGAGAUUCUGGGAAUCUUCAGUUUAUCAAAACUUUCCUUCUCCCAUAACUUUCCUUUAUAAAAAACAUUUUUCUGAAAACUUACUGUUGGUCCCUGCCAUGAAACCAUUAUUUCAUCAGUAGUUGACCAAGCUGUUUUGUGAGAGCUCUUCUACACAACAGUACAUUUAAUUUCCAGAAUAAAUGUUGAAUUGCAGAAAGAAAAAAAAGUUCAAAGGUGAACUGCCUUAGAGUUUUAACAAAAAAAUGGCACUUGGACAAUAGCUAUGUGUUAGAUGCUGUAAGCUCAUGGGGCACUGUGUAACUUAGCAGUGGCCCAGAGUAAGAAAUGCUUUUUGACUGAUACCUUCCAAUAAACUUGUAAUACUUUGGGCCUCACAUAAAAUUUCUUACAUUUGCAUUCUUAGAGAGUUUUAUACUUUUUUUAAUCAUCAAUAUUUCACUCUUGAAACUUAAAUAUUAAAUAGAAAAUAUUGCCCACAGAAUAAUUAGCUAAAAAUCUAUCCAAAGGAAAGUAGAAGAGCUUUUGGGAAAGGAUAUGAACAGUUCAAAUAUUUUUCUCAUAUAGCACAGUUAGAAAUACCAUUAUUUCUGGUUUUGUGGAAAGUGACAGAGGCUAGAGAGGGCAAAAUGUUGCCUGUGGUAAAUGAUUUUUCAGUUAACGACCUCCCAGGCUGAACCCACGUCAGGUACAUAGAAAGAUACCACGUGCAUAGCCAACAGUAUUACUAUAUAGACCUUGCACAUCUUUCUUUGGUUUUGCAUUUUUUUAAAAUUCCUUAAUUUGUCUAUUUCUCUUCAGAAAUAAGUGUUUUUAACAGUGUAUGUGCUUUUUAAAAUACUGUGGAUGAAAACCCUGUGGAUUUUUUACUAUUAUGUUCUCAUAAAUAAGCUAAAGUAGAUGUGUUGUAGGUUAACCAUAUUUGUGGAGAUUUGCAACUGAAGUCAGAGCCUGACAUCACACAGUUUUGCCAAAGAGAGAGCUAAACUGGAAGACGUGUUUGAUAUUUUCAGCUCUAAACGUUAAGGGAUGCUUGCACAGAGAAUGAGUAGCGUUCAAAUGUGGUGAACAGUCCCCGUACAGGAUUGUGGCCUCCGGCUGACCGAAACUCUUAACAGAACUGUGCAGUAGAAGUAGCCAUUGCUCUUCUGUCUUCAAAUUUGUCUAUUCAAAAGAUUAUACGUUGCUUUUGAGGAUUAUUUUAGCAUUUGAAGCAAAUGGAAACCAGUGAAAGCAGGGAAUUAAAAUAGCAUAGGUGAAUUUUUGAUCUAUAAUUCACCAAAUGAUCUAACAAUUGAAACAAAGAAAAUAGGUCACCAAAAUAAUAUUAAAUAUUUAGGUAGUUUAUUAGUAGAAAGAUGAAAUUUUUUCCUCUUAUUAAGCCUACGCUUAAUAAAUUAGUAAACGAGUGACUCAAAAGCUUGAGAUUUCUAUCAAUAUUACACUCAUUUUUUUUCUCCUAGCCGAGAACAACUCAUUAGAAAUUCCAUUAUAAUUUAAAUUUAAGCUAGUUUACAAUAAGCAUAAAUAUUGACAUAUUAUACUGCCUGGUGUAGUAGUAUAUAAUACUAGCCAAAAUACAAUUUGAGGCACAUGUAAUUUAACAGUUUAUUUGAACACGGAAGCUUAUUUUUCAUACAGAAGUAACAUCAGUUUUUAAAAUACAACUAUAAAAAUACCUGCAUAAUAAUGGCCUUCAGAGCACUAGCUUCAGUUUCACGCCCCCUCCGGGGUUUGGACUUUGCUGUUUUGUUUUCUUUUCUUUUCUUUUUUCCCCAGAGGUAUUAUUUUUACCGUGAUCUUCAAACUAUAAGAAUUGAAAGAGAACUCAUCAAACACACCUUCCUAUAGCAUUUUCCUCACUAUGUAAAUAUUAUUAAUUUUAUAAACAUUACAAAAAGGGAUCCCAACAAUUUGAGUAUUUUUUUUUCUCCCUAGGUCUGUGCUUCAAUGACAAUCUUUUUUUUUUUUUUCUUCUGCAUAAAAAAUGCCAUAUGACUAUUGCACUACCUUCUGUAUGGACUGUUACGGUAUUGGGUCCCCCGGUAUGUCAAGAGUUAGGGUGUUUAUAGCUACAGAGUUUUAAUAAGUGGCUUUAUUCCUCUUCUGGGUGACUUACAAAAGAGCCCAAGAAGCACUAUUGUUGCAGAAGGAAUGUUUACAGUCUCUAGUGUCUACACUGUGUAUUAGUUGACACGGGGGCCCUCGAAGAACAGCCUAGCCUCUCGCUCUCUUGGGGUUACUAGAAUUUACCUGGCCAAAUGACUUGAGCAGAAGUCUUUUUUUUUUUUUCUUAAGAUUAAAUCUGUAAACUAUACACCUUUACUGCUGAAAACAAAACUAUAAAGCGUCGUAUUAAUUGGAAAUCAAUAAUAAUAGUAGACUUAAUCUAUUAACUUCUUAAAAGAAUAUAUCCAUUAUUGAUUUUCUUCUUGUUUUUUGAGGCAUGUUCCUUUCCACCCAGUUUUUAAACCAACCCGUUACCUUCUGCAAAUGCAGGGUACCAGUGUUGCUUAACAGAAGGUAAUUUUUAAUAAAAGAAAUCUUCUGCUUCAAAGGAUCUCUUUUUGAAAAUGAAGAUGAAUUCAGCUGUGCCCCAGUGGAACUAUAGUAUUGCUGUCACAUGGACAAACGAUCCAAAGCAAGUGGUGAGGUUUACCUGACUUCUUCGGUGGUCUUUUAGGGUUUGUUUUUAUUUUCUCUCUCUUCUUUUAUACUGGUUUUUUCAGACAUAGUAAAUUUAUGGUUUUACAGCCAGAGUGAUACUCUGUUUUUUUCUAAGCUUUGAGAAAAAACAUUGUUACUUAAUCGCAUUGAGGAUCAUUGUUUUCCACGUGAAGUCAACCUUUUUUAAAUGAUUUAAUAAGUACUCUUUGGUUUUGCUCCCCUAAAAAUGGCUUGUGACUAAAGUGACCUUUUUUUUUUUUUUUUCCCGUUCCGAGGAUUCUAAUGAAAGAUAUGUGCAUGCAAACUCUUUCAGGUUAUUGAAAGCAAUUUCAUUAUACCAGUAUCUCAAGUGGUAGUGUGGGGAAAAUUUGGUCAGUGCCUUAACAAUUACAAUUUGAGGACCAAUUUUAGGGCAUCGAAUACGACGAUAAUCCUCUGCCCUGUUGCUUGUCGGAUUUCAGGAGUGUGUGCUAUCCUGUGUCCACCAGCUUACUCCUUCUCACAGCAGGUGCAAGACAGUCUGUACACAGGCCUCCAGGCAGUUGCUGCUGUCCUCCUUGGUCUUGAUUCUUCUUUAGACGGGCUCCCUCCCUGCCCCUCUCCUGCCAGGGGAGAUUAAAACGAAACCCGCCCAAAUCAACCUUUAGAUGCGCGCUUUUAUGAACAGUUUUGAAGAGCAUCCAUCCAGCUGAGUUUGGUUUUAUUUUGUGUUGUUGAUGUUGUCGUUUUGAGCAUAGAUUUAAUUCUAAAGACCUUUCAGAAAAUCCCUAGAAGAAUACAUUAUAGCCAGAAGGAUUUGUUGAGAAUCUUAUUAAAGCUACUGAAAUCUUGUAAUGAUAAUCUUUUUGACAAAAAAGCGAAAUUUAGAUUGGUUCAUUCUUACAUUUAAAUAGGACUCAGAACAAACAGGCAGUCACUUAACCUACCAGUUCUUGUUUGCUUGAAAAUACUAUUGCAGGAAAGUGAAAAUAACUCUAAUGUCUAAAUUAAAGGGAAGCUAAGAGACUAAACUAGCUUUCUCAGUCAAAACAAAACUUGGAAACGUUUUGCUUCUGAGACUCUUGCAAGAUAUGGAACGACUGUUGUUCAACUGAGUCAAGAUGCUAUUUUCACAUUUUUUAAGGGCUAGUAUGUUUCAGAAUACAGAAGUAGAUAUCGUCUUUAAAGAGUUAACUGAUCCUUAAGGGUUAUUAACAGGAUUUAAAUUUUGAUUCUAGUCACCUGGCCUUGCCAGAGUGGUGAUGGGAUGAAAGGAAUGGAAUGCAUAUAGUGCUUUGGGAUGAGACUUUUAAUAGACCAGAGAGAUUUUCAUAAAUAUUAUCUGUGUUUUAGAUACUAACAAAUAUUAACUUUCCCCUAAAGAUAUCACCUAUCAGAACUACUCAUAAAUAGAGUCCAGUAAUCAUCGACUUAUCAGGUCUGACACAGUAGCUGCUCAUAAAUCACCAGACUCUCAAGAGUUUCUACAUCUUGAUUAUUGACAAAUUUGUUGUUUUAUAGCCCAGUGCAGUGUGUAUGUGUGGGGAGGACCAGGGAACUCGUUCACAAUGUCAUCUAAAGGAGAUAAACAUCUGUGGGCAUAAAUAUCCCAGUGAUGAUAAUAUACAGGAAAACACAAGCCAUUUUUAUUCUUCUUUAUCCCAGUUAACCUGAGGUACUCCCGUGAUGAAGCACUCAGUUGCACUAUGACCUCCCUGAGUGAUGUGCAGCUUGGUUCCUCUCUCAUUUUUUGUUUCUGUUUAAUAUGCAGAUGUGAGUGUGAGAUCUUCAGUGUGUUUGCAUAAGCUAACUUAAAAUGAAUUUAAGUACAGUUUUCUGAAAUAUUUCUAUUGAAAUAAAUUACUUAAAAAUAUAGAUUGUGUGGGGAUAAUUUGUUGCCAUAUUUAUAUUUUUAUCAUUAACUUUUUUUUUUAUCUUCUUAUUAUUUACUUAUUUUGAGAGAGGGAGAGUGCACGUUGCAGAGGGGCAGAGAGAGGGAGAGAAUCCUGAAGCAGUGCUCAAUCCCACAGGCUGUGAGGUCACGAUCUGAGCCGAAAUCAAGAGUCGGGCGCUUAACCAACUGAGCCACCCAGGCUCCUGGAUCACUAACUUUUGAAAUGCAUUUCAUCAUUAAGUUUUAAAUAAGUUCUCUAACUUGAUAUUUUUCUCUUUCUAAACCAAUCGACAAAGUUUUUGUUGGUACAGGAAGCUUCUGUCUGGGUACGCUUCAGUUGCUCUUCUCUGUGCUGGAACGAGGGUGCGCUCUGGCAGGUUGACAGAUGGGGUCUGGAGGAAUAGAGGUCAUGGAUAUAAUAUUUCCAACUUCAUCUCCACGCUCCAAGUAUAUGAUAUGCUAUGAACAGUCCCCAGAGAGGCCUUCUUUGCUAAUACGUACUGUAUUUCAUAGAUUCUAAGACAUGACAUUAAAUCGUAAGAAGUGCAGAAACAGCUGGGUUGAGUCUCCCAUGAGUCAUUGGCUGAGGUGUUGGUCAUGCGUUAUCUAAGAAUUCCCGGUGAGCUUGCCCCUAAGAUCCGGGCUUCACCAGUGUUCUCACCUUGCUAAUGGCCUUUGGAAAUUUUCACUGUCCCCGCGUUGGAAUGAAAAGAGUGACAAUUCUCUGAUGGGGUCAACCUGUCUUUACUUCACACAGUGCCACCUUUGUCCUACACGAGUUUUCCAUAUGUGCACGCUCAGUUUCUGGCUUCCCUUUUCUGUUUCAUUAGUGCUUGUCUGUGAGCCAGUACAAGCAUACUUGUACUUCACAGGUACUGUAUUUUGUACAAACUGCAGGUUUGUGGCAGCCCUCCUUCGCACAAGUCCGUCGGCGCCCUUUUUCCGACAGCACUUGCUCACUUUGUGUCUCUUGUCACAUUUUGGUAAUUCAGUAUUUCAAAUCCUGUCAUUAUUACCAUGUUUGUUCUAGUGAUAUGUGAUCAGUGAUCUUUGAUCUUGUUGUCAUUGUUCGAAGGCACCACAAACAACACCCAUAUAUAAGACCACAAACUUACUUCAGUAAACGUUGUGUGUAUUCUGACUGUUCCACCAGCUGGCCACUCCUCCGUCUCCCCCUCUCCUUGGGGGGAGAAAUAAGCUUAGUGAAAAAAUCAAGUUAGGCUAAAAGGUCUCUUGCACCAAACAGUUGGGCAAGUUGUGAAUGCAAAAGAAAAGUUCUUGAAGGAAAUUAAAAGUGCUACUUCGGUGAACACACAAAUGAUUCGAAAACAAAACAGCCUUAUUGCUGGUAUGGUCUGAACAGAAGUUCAAACAGCCAGAGCAAGGCCCUAGCUCUCUUCAAUAUCAUGAAGACAGAGAGGUGAGGAAGCCUCAGAAGAAAGGUUGGAAGCUAGCGGAGCUGGUUCUUGCGGUUUAAGGCAAGAACAUCUCCACACCAUACAAGUGCAAGGUGAGGCAGGAAGUGACCCAGAAGAUGUAGCUAAAAUAAAAGGAAGGUAGUUACGUUAAAGGAUGGAUUUUAAGUGCAGAUGAAACAGUCUAAUCCUGGAAGAGGAUGUCAUGUAGGGCUUCGAUAGCUAGAGAAGUCAGUGCCUGGCUUCAGAGGAAGACUGACUCACUACGUUUGGGGGCUAAUGCAGCUGGUGACUUUAAAUUGAAGCGCAUGCUCUGUUACCAUGCCAAAAAUCCUAGAGCCCUUAGGAAUUAGGUUAAAUCUACUCUGCUUGGGCUCUGUAAAUGGGACAAAACCUGGAUGACAGCACUUCUGUUCACAACAUGGCUUCCUGAAUAUUUUAAGCCCACUGUUGAGACCUGAUGCUCAGAAAAGAAAAAGAUUUAAUACAUGCUGCUCACUGACAAUGUUUCUGGUUAUUCAAGAGCUCUGAUGAAGAGGUACAACGAGAUUAAUGUUUCUUUUCUUUUUUUUUUUCCCAUGUCUGUCUAGAGAUACCUUUGUAUCUCUAGCAUUUAUUUUUUUUCUAUUUUUACAAAAAUAUUUUUUUCAUUUAUUAACAUUUUUUCAUUUACAUCCAAGUUAGCACAUAGUGCAAUAAUGAUUUCAAUAUAUGUGUGUAUACACACAUACAUACACACACACCACAUCUUCUUUAUCCAUUCACCCAUUGGUGGACAUUUGGGCUCUUUCCAUUUUUGGCUAUUGUUGAUAUCACUGCUAUAAAUGUUGGGGUGGAUGUGCCCCUUCAAAACAGCACUCCUAUAUCCCUUGGAUAAAUACCUAGUAGGGCAAUUGCUGAGUCAUAGGGUAGUUCUAUUUUUAAUUUUUUGAGGAACCUCCAUACUGUUUUCCAGAGUGACUGCACCAAUUUGCAUUCCCAGAUUAAUGUUUUCAUGCGUGCUAACAUGAUUCUACAGUCCAUGGUAUCAUAGGAGUAAUUUUGACUUUUAAGUCUUAAUUUUUAAGAAAUGUAUUUCAUAAGGGUAUAGCAGUCACAGGUAAUGAUUCUUCAGAUGGCUCUGGGCAAAGUAAAUUGAAAACCUGGAAAGGAUUCAUUCUAGCUGCCAUUAAGAAUACUCAUGAUUCAUGGUAAGAGGUCCAAGUAUCAAUAUGAAUAGGAGUUUGGAAGAAGUUGAUUCUGACCCUCACAGAAAACUUUGAGGGGUUCAGGAGAACUUCAGCGGAGGAACUGCUGAGCUGGUGGAAAUAGCGUGAGAACUAGAAUUAGAAGCAAAGAAAGUGGUUUCCGGAGAUGGAAUCUACUCCUGGUGAGGUUGUCGUGAAAAUUGUUGAGAUGACAACCAAGUAUUUAAAAUAUUACAUAAAUUUAGUUGAUAAAGCAACAGCAGGUUAGAGAGGAUUGACUCUUAACUUUGAAAGAAGUUCUGUGGGUAAAAUGCUAUCAAACAGCAUCGCAUGUCACAGAGAAAUCCUCACGAAAGAGUCAAUUGAUGAAGCAAACUUCAUUGUCUAAUUUUAAGAAAUUGCCAGAGUCACCCCAACCUUCAGCAACUACCACCCUGAGCAGUCAUCAGCCAUCAACACCAAGGCAAGACCCUUUACCAGCAAAAAAAAAAAACAAAACAAAACAAAA